AUGGAUCACGAGAACAGCACAGUGGCAAGUCAAAUUCCUGCGGAGAGGAUAUCUGUCAGCAUCUCGAUUCCCCAACAAACAGUUGAUUUCGAGGUGCCGGCUCUCUGGUCGCUAGGCAAAGUUUGCGGCAUCGCUUCGGAGCUCAGCUCUUCAGCGUCUAACGGUCACAAGCUAAUGUUUUGGACGCCUCACAUUAGCAAGAACAUGGCUUGCAUGGUUUUGAUCUGGAUCGUCAACACUCCUCAAAGGCGAUAUCGCAUCACCACGGCUCGUCGUUACUGCCAUGGCAUGCUGGUUGGCCGCAUUGAUCCUCCUCCUCAACCCGCCACUACCGCAUUCACCCGGGCAUCAUCACCCGACCGCAGUGAGGCAGACACAAGCACAAACAUCAACGCCCAAGGCAUCGAUGAGAACUUGCUGCCGCCCGCUCUCCGCGGCCGCACCGGACCUUCCAAGCCUCCAAACCGCUGGAUUCUCUACCGUGCGGCCAAGUCGGCUGAGCUGCGGGCCGACAACCCCUCCAUGAGCGCAAGCGAGAUCUCUCAAGUUGCAUCCCUGAUGUGGCAGGCAGAGUCCGCUGCGACCAAGGCAAAGUGGGAGGAGCGCGCGGCCGAGGCACGCGAGGAGCACAUGCGCAACACGCCCGAGUACGCCGUCGCGGCCGGCCUGCGCCAGCGCGCCGCCGCCGAGAGGAAGCGGCAGAGACAGCAGAAGAAGAGACAGCAGGAGCAGCAGGGCGACGGGGACAAGGUGGCCAAGGAGACUGCCGCAUGCACAGACAGCAUGGCGACUUCUGACGGCGGCGCUGCCAGCAACAGCAGCAGCGCAGAGGUGCUUGCCGCGACCGCUCACUCGCCGACACCAGCCAGUCCCGCGUCUGACAGCGACUCCACGCCUGUCGGCAGCCCUCGGGCUCGUCACGGCUGGGGCUCUGAUGAACUCAGCCUGAUGCUCGAUGCCGUCGAGUUCUCUACUCUCUUCUGA